AUGGCUGAAAAACCGCCUGAGGAAAUUUAUAUAUCUGUAGUUGACGAAGAGCCGGAGAUUUUUGAGCUACUCAAAUGGGAUUCGUCUCAUACGCAAAAGCAACAUGAACCGCAACAUCAACAGCCAGAACACAGGCCUAUAGAGAAAGCAAAGAGCCCAGAAAAACGUUUUACCAGGCCUGCGGACUCAGAUCCUUUUGAUUUAAAUGAACCAUCUUUUAUAGAAACGUAUAGACUGUCUAAGGAUUUAGCGCGAAACCUUUGCGAAGAAUUAAAACCUGUUAUGCCCGAGUCUACGAAAUCAAUUGAGUUUUCAGUUGAAAGUAAAGUGAUGGCAGCUCUAUCAUUUUAUGCAACUGGCAAAUACCAGAAAUCAAUUGGAGGCCGUUCAGAUCCACACAUAACUCAGUACUUUGUGUCAACGGCUGUGCUGCAAGUCACAGAGGCUAUGAACCACCCGAGCAUUGUAAAAAAAUAUAUACAUUUCCCUCAUUUACGUCAAGAGAGGGAUAUUGUAAAAGCUAGGUUCUACAUGAAAUAUGGUAUUCCUAAUGUUCUCGGUUGUGUAGACUGCACGCAUGUGCCAAUGGCAAGGCCUGAUGAUGACACGAAGAGUCAUUUUAACAAGUCUUAUCAUUCCAAAAAAGUGCAAAUUAUAUGUGACAGCGACCAAACGAUUACGAGCGUGUACGCGACACCGGGUGGCUCCAACUCACACGACGUUAUACUAAACAAGCACGCCGUCAGGAUCGAUCUGCAGAGUCUCAACAACUCCGGUGAACAGUGUUGGCUUAUUGGUGGUCCAUAUUACACACAAAAGCCAUACCUCAUGACACCAAUCCCAAAGAUUGCAAAGAAAUCGCCAGUAUCCCCUGAAAAAUACUAUACAAACUUACACACACAGACACACAGCGCUGUAACGGACACUAUUAAACAGUUAAAAAGCCGGUGGAAAUGCCUUCAAGCCACCUGCAACAAACAGCUAGACCCGCCAACUGUUGCCAUGAUGAUUGUUGCUUGUUGCAUCUUAAACAACAUAUGCAACAGACGGGGAUUACCAGUUGUUCCUAUGACACAGACAGAAGAACGUUUAGAGGUUAUGAAGCAAAAAGUAGCUAACGGACCCAUACCAAGGAAACAAGUUGAAGAUGUUAACGGUAUCCAAGCAAGAGCACAGUUAGUUGAAAGGUUAUGGAAUGAACGACGUGUGGUUCCGGACUGUGGGAAUGCUCCAAGGAAACGGAUGUCAAAGAAGGAUAGGAUAUUGGAGUCACACAAUGCUCAGAUGAGCCAGGAAACUCAUCAGCAGCCUCAGCAGCAGCAGAUGCAUCAGCCGACGAUGAAUCAUCAUGAGGAUCUGAGUAAAAGGCCCAGGAUACUUUCUAUAACUACCCCCACUUAUGGACUGAGUAUGCCGCCUGGGUGGGGUCAUUACCCACAACAUUGA